UCCCAAUCCAAUUCUCACAAACCCUCACUCCUGCGUCUCUUUCCACUUCAAGCAUCCCUCUGUUUCUUCUACAUCUCUCUCUCUGUCGCUCUGUGUUCGACAGUUAUGGAGAUGGAAGUCCAUGGAACAACUUGUAGCUCUGCAACUCCUCUUAACGAGGAGGAUAUGGAGUUAAGGAGAGGUCCAUGGACGCUAGAGGAAGACGUUGUUCUAAUGAACUAUAUAUCCAGCCAUGGAGAAGGUCGCUGGAACUCACUUGCUCGCUGCGCAGGGCUCAAGAGAACCGGAAAAAGCUGCCGACUUCGGUGGCUGAACUAUCUCCGGCCGGACGUCCGGCGAGGUAACAUCACCCCUGAGGAACAACUCCUCAUCCUCGAGCUCCACUCUCGUUGGGGAAACCGCUGGUCCAAAAUUGCGCAGCACCUCCCGGGAAGGACAGAUAACGAAAUAAAGAAUUAUUGGAGGACCAGAGUGCAAAAACAUGCCAAGCACCUUCAGUGCGACGUUGACAGUAAGCAGUUCAAGGACGUCAUGCGCUAUCUAUGGAUGCCCCGCCUCAUUGAACGGAUCCGUGCAGCUUCCGCCAACUCAACCGUCGUGGAAUCGGUGGCGGAGUACGGGAACCUCGCCGGCGGUGAGCUCCCCUUCGUUGUUGGAGCCGGAUGGGGUGGGCUUGGGGAAAUCGUCAAGCCCGGACCAGAGAGCCCGAUUAACACUCCCCCUCCCAUUGAACACGGUGCUGCCAAGGAUGUUUUAGAUUUGGGAUCUACCGAAGGUUCCAUGCAUUUGGGAGGACGGCGCAGUGACACUAUCACCAAUUCGAUGGUUGAUUCAACUGAGGAGGUGGCCAUAUUUCAGUCACCUGACUUGGCUGAGAAUUAG